CCCCAACUAAAAAUGUCAUAAUCCCGCCAUUUUAUCAACUGUAAAAAGCCAUGCCUUUCUCGCUCAAACUCACGCCCAACUUCGUCCCCCACAUCCCUGACCCUCAUCGUGGUUUCAAUCUGAUUUCAUUUUUAAGCAUUUCUGGAAUUCGCAAUUCCACGAGCCUCGUCUCUCUGAAUUCCAAGAAGCUCUCUUGCUCAAUCAACGGCGACAACAACAUUGUUUAUGGCCCAACUGAUGACGGCAAUUAUUCAACGAACAAUGAGGGUUCGACGGCUGGAAAGAGUGAGGCUAGUCAAGGACAAUCGUUUUUUUCAUCUAAAGAUGUGCUGAAGAAGUUGAGACAAUAUGGAAUUUCUGGGGUGUUGUCUUAUGGACUACUGAAUACAGUUUACUACCUCAUUACCUUUCUCUUGGUGUGGUUUUAUGUUGCCCCAGUACCUGGUAGAAUGGGUUAUAUGGCAGCUGCUCAGAGAUUUCUCAAGGUUAUGGCCAUGGUUUGGGCAGGAAGCCAAGUGACUAAGCUUGUUAGAGCUGGCGGGGCCCUUGCUCUUGCCCCAUUUGUAGACAGAGGAUUGUCGUGGUUCACUCUCAAAUUUAAGUUUGAAUCUCAGGAAAAGGCUGCCAUUGUGAUUGUAGGAUUUUGUUUUGGGCUGGCUUUGACGCUGUUUUUGGUUGUGACAGUGCUUUGGGCAUAGGCUAUUUUUUUGGUUCUCACCGGUUUUCAAUUUUGGGCUGUCUUACAUCCUAUGAAAUUUUUUUAGCUUUAUGAUUUUGGUUUCAUAUACUCUUUUAUUUCUUUGUAGAUUAUAGAACGUUCAUGUAAAAAUAACAGUAGAUUGGAUGUUUUUAAUUUUUAUAAUAUCUAUGCUAAUAUACUUGUUUUAAAA